AAGGUGGCAGGAGGAGAGAGGAUGCUUCACCAUGGACUAUGAAGUCAAGAAAGGGAAGAAGGGCUUUGUGUCCCCCAUCCGAAGGCUCGUGUUCCCCAAGGCUGCACGCCGGGCAGCCUUUCGCAACAGUGUGAGCCGCCGACCCCUGCACUCGAUGCCCCUUUAUCCCCCUGACUAUCUCAUCGACCCCCAGAUUCUCCUAUGUGACUACUUGGAGAAAGAGGUCAAGUUCCUAGGCCACCUCACCUGGGUGACUUCAUCUCUGAACCCCUCCAGCCGAGAUGAGCUCCUGCAGCUGCUGGACAAGGCCAGGCAGCUGAAGGAGCUGCCGCUGAAGACCACGGCUGAGCAAGACAGCAUCCUGAGCCUGUCGGCCCGCUGCCUGCUGCUCACUUGGCGUGACAACGAAGAGCUCAUCCUGCGCAUCCCCACGCACGAGAUCGCUGCCGCCUCCUACCUGCAGGACGACGCGCUGCACCUGCUGGUGCUUAAAACCGGUUUGGGCGUGGACCCGGUGCCGGCCGGCGUGGAUGCCAGUCCUGGCGGCGCGAGGUGCGACCCGGGCCCUCCGGGCGCGGCGCCCGAGAAGCGGCGGGCGGGCACCGCGGAGCGGCGCCACACCAUCUGCGCGGCCGGCGGCGGCGGCAGCUGGGAGCGGCGCCACCCGGGCCCAAACCCACUCGACCCUCAGGACCCCAGCCCAGACGCCUACUGCAACCUGGUCAUCCUGGCUGUGCCCAACAGGGAUGCUGCCGAGGAGUCCUGCGCACUCAUCUGUCAGGUCUUCCAGAUCAUCUAUGGGGACCAGAGCAUUGAGUGUGUGGACCGGGCUGGCUACCACUACACGUCCACCCCCGAACGUCCUUGGCUCCGCAGCCGAAGUGAGAGCUGCCAUACUGAUGGGACUUAUGCCUAUGACGCUGACUUCAGCUGCUGCAGCUCCUUCAAUGGCUCCCAGGACACAUUUGAAGCAUGCUACAGCGGAACAUCCACUCCUUCUUUCCACGGCUCGCACUGCAGUGGCAGUGACCACAGCGGCCUGAGUCUCGAGCAGCUGCAGGAUUACAUGGUCACGCUGCGGAGUAAGCUGGGGUCCUCUGAGAUCCAGCAGUUUGCGCUGCUCCUGCGGGAGUACCGGCUGGGGCUGCCCAUCCAGGACUUCUGCGCUGGCCUACUGAAGCUCUAUGGAGACCGCCGCAAGUUCCUACUCCUCGGGAUGCGGCCCUUCAUCCCAGACCAGGACGCGCGCUACUUCGAGGGCUUCCUGGAGGGCAUGGGCAUCCGCGAGGGCGGCAUCCUCACCGACAGCUUUGGCCGCAUCAAGCGCAGCAUGAGCUCCACGUCGGCCUCGGCAGUGCGCAGCUAUGACGGUGCAGCCCAGCGGCCGGAGGAUCAGACCUUCCACCGUCUGCUGGCUGACAUCACGCACGACAUCGAGGCUCUGGCCCCCGACGACGACGAGGACGAGGACGAUGGGGAGGUCGGGGGCGACGUGGCAGAAGACAACUACCUGUAGCCUGUGCCUCUUGCAGCCGCCUCUAAGGCUUCCUCACUUUCGCCUGUGGGACCCAUCCCUAGGCAUCCUUGCUCUCUGGGGUACCAUCCCGCAGGUUCCCUCCAUGUCCUUGGCUGCUCGGUCCCUGCAGUAUCAAGAAUGUCCUGCAGGGGGAGGGCGAGGGCGGAUCCUAAUGUCCUACGCAGUCCGGAGUUCAGCGGCGCCUCGGCCGGCCGAAGGAUGAACAAGCGCUCCACCUGCUGGCAGACUAAGAAAGGAAUUUCGGUUUCAAUCCACAGACCUCUGUUCCUUCUAUUUUACAGAUUUGGAAACUGAGUUCUAA